ACAAAGCCCUUCUCUAAUUCUCUUUCUCAAUUCUUAUUCACUUGACAAGUUGGCAUUCAUUUGCAACCAACUCGGAGAGCGGGGAGGGCGACAACUUCAAAGCUCAACAGUUCCUUCUUCUCAAUCUUUCCCAAAUCUCUCUUCAACGCAGCAUGGCACAGUCUCUGCAACUCUUCACCGCCCCAAAUGGCUCCUUUUCCUCCGUCACCCACUCCGGCAAUACCCAUGCGCACCUUCCAAGUUCCAAGCUUUCCUUCUCCACACCUCCCAAUUCCUUCGCCCUCUCCCUCCGGCCCUCCACCUCAUCACUCCCGCGCCGUCACGUCUCCACUGCGGAUUGGAGCCCCACCUCCAUUGAGGUGGACGCCGUCACCGAGGCCGAGCUCAGGGAGAACGGCUUCCGCAGCACGCGCCGCACCAAGCUCGUGUGCACGGUGGGCCCCGCCACGUGUGGAUUUGAGCAGCUGGAGGCGCUGGCCGUCGGAGGGAUGAACGUGGCGCGGAUCAACAUGUGCCACGGAACGAGGGAGUGGCACAGGGAGGUGAUCCAGCGUGUGAGGCGCCUCAACGACGACAAGGGCUUCGCCGUCGCCAUCAUGAUGGAUACCGAAGGCAGCGAGAUCCACAUGGGUGAUCUCGGUGGUGCUUCCUCUGCCAAAGCUGAGGAUGGCGAGAUCUGGACCUUCAGCGUUAGAGCCUUUGAUUCUACUCUUCCAGAGCACACUGUCAACGUAAAUUAUGAGGGUUUUGCUGAAGAUGUCAAAGUUGGGGAUGAACUUCUAGUGGAUGGAGGUAUGGUGAGGUUUGAGGUUAUUGGAAAGAUAGGGCCAGAUGUCAAAUGCCUUUGUACUGAUCCUGGGUUGUUGCUCCCAAGAGCCAAUCUAACAUUCUGGAGGAAUGGGAGUCUAGUGCGAGAAAGGAAUUCCAUGCUUCCUACAAUUUCUUCUAAGGAUUGGUUAGAUAUCGAUUUUGGUAUUGCUGAGGGAGUUGAUUUCAUUGCUAUUUCUUUUGUCAAGUCUGCUGAAGUCAUUCACCAUCUUAGAAGCUAUAUUGCUGCACGGUCCCCCAAUAGUGAUGUUGCUCUAAUUGCAAAGAUAGAAAGUAUUGACUCAUUGAAGAACUUGGAGGAGAUCAUUCAAGCAUCAGAUGCUGCAAUGGUGGCAAGAGGAGACUUGGGUGCUCAGAUCCCUUUAGAACAGGUUCCAUCUGCGCAACAGAGGAUUGUUGAACUCUGCAGGCAGCUGAAUAAACCUGUCAUUGUUGCCUCUCAACUACUUGAGUCCAUGAUUGAAUACCCAACUCCUACAAGAGCUGAAGUAGCCGAUGUUUCUGAAGCAGUAAAGCAAGGAGCUGAUGCUUUGAUGCUUUCAGGUGAGUCAGCCAUGGGCCAAUACCCUGAGAAGGCACUGGCUGUUCUAAGGAGUGUUAGUUUGAGAAUUGAAAGAUGGUGGAGGGAACAAAAAUACCAUGAAACUAUUGAACAUCCAUCAAUCGGGGCUUCUUUUUCAGAAAAUAUAUCUGAAGAAAUUUGCAAUUCAGCUGCAAAGAUGGCUAAUAAUUUGGAGGUGGACGCACUUUUUGUGUACACAAAGACAGGAUGCAUGGCAUCCCUGUUAUCGAGAUGCCGCCCGGACUGCCCAAUAUUCGCUUUCACAACCACACCAUCUGUGCGUAGGCGUCUAAACCUCCAAUGGGGCCUAAUUCCGUUUCGUCUGAGUUUCUCAGAUGAUAUGGAGAGCAAUCUCAAUAAAACCUUUUCCCUUCUUAAGGCCAGAAAUUUGAUCAAAUCAGGGGAUCUUGUGAUAGCUGUCUCAGACAUGUUUCAGUCAAUACAAGUAAUGAAUGUUCCUUGAGGACAUGUUUCUGUUCUUCUGCAAAGACAAGAGGUAGCUCUAGAUUAUACAUUUUAUCACCAUUGGUUUAGUUUUGGAUGCUACUAGAUUAGUGUUUUCUCCUCCCCAUUGUUUUUUUCAUUGUCUUUCUCUUUCUUUUGCGUCUGUCUUGUUGCAACUGCAACUGAAUUUAUAUUCUUCUGCCUCAAGCCCCUAUAUCUGAUGUCAUUUUGGGGGUUACGAAAAAUACCUACGCGAGGCAUUAGCAAUUUUGUUGCCUUUCUGGUAGCUUUUGUAUUUUGUUAAUUGUUAUACCGUGUUGUAUUAUUAGCUUUCAACUUCCAUACCCGGUUGUAAAAAUGUGAAGACGAACUUAUCAUAAUAUAACGUAUUGAGGUAUGGAUUUGGCAAAUUUCCAUCGUGAUUGCUUUCUCCUCUUCUUGAUUUCGUCUUAAAGGAAAGAACGUGAAGCAUGCCUGCCAAUCAGAACAUCAUCCUCCUAUUUGUCGAAUCAAGGGAGCAAAACAAAAUUAACCCAUUUACCAUUCCAUUAUGAAGGAGGAAGCUGCUCAAGCAACAGUUAGGCCAAGUCAGCAAGGUACUUACCAUGAGUUCGUUAUUGUGUUAGCUCAUUAGAGUUGUUAGGAUGUUAGUUUCAUCACGUGUUUAUUAAGAGAUGCUAGAGCCUUCAUGUACUACUAUGUUUAACGUGUAUCCGAGCUUAAACAAUGUAAUGCAAUCGUCAUUCUUACACUA